CGUCCGGGAUACUUAUAAGUAGAAAAUCUGACACGCAUCGUCAGUACACAAUCAACACCGUUCGGGACAGUUAAUAUCGGAAUAAUCGUUCGAAUACGUUUAUCGGCUGUUAUCGAUCACACUGCAGUCGUCGUUUUCAUCGUCGUCGUCGUCGAUCUUAUUCGCAUUCGCUCCUCGUUUCCCGCACAGUUUUAUAGACGGUACGUUGAUCGGCACGUUCAGCGAUCAUUGCGAUGUUGGCUCUGAGGUGUGCCGCCAUGAUCGUCGCCGUGUGGCCGCUCCUCGCCGUCACCUCCGUGUCGGUGAUGGCCCGGCAAAAGCGACAGCUGCAGAACUCGUACCUGGGCCUGGGGUCCAACGUGGAAAUACUUCCGGUCGGCGACACGUCUGGGGUGAGCAGCUCGUACAGCGUAGUGGAAACUUCCAAGGUGCCCCGCAGAGAGUAUAACUCGUACAGAUCGAGAAACGCGCACAGGGAUUCAGAACCGGAACACUCCGAGUACCGGGCGUACAACAAGCACCCGUCACCUAGGAGCGGAGCAUAUGCCGGAGAAGUGCCGGGACCGAAACCGUUCAGGUUCCCCGAAGAACGGCGGCAGACGAAACCACCUGCAGAGGACCGGGACGAAGACUUAGACUCGAUACUGGUGCCCGACCACCGGCGAACGGACUUGACACCUGCCAACCGGAAGAAGUACAAGCCCAAGAAGCCGCAGACAGAGGACGUGGACGAGGAAUCGUUGGAAGAAUCGAAAUCGGCACCCAGGAACGCUAAGGAACCUAAACCGGCACCCAGGAACAUCAAAGAGAUCGUUGAAGAGCGGCCAGCCGAGAGCAAAAUUUCCAGUGACUUGAAGGACGAGGGAAGCCGGUACGUAGGCCACGGGGCUGGUGGUUACGGAGGUGGCAGUGAGUAUGACAAGGAGAAGCACUACGACAAGGAACAGGGCCAGAAGUUCUUGGAGGGCCACAAGUCAGAAGAGGGCGAGAAGGCGGAAAAAGCGUUCAAGAAGGAGGAGGCGUACGACAAGGGUGAGAAAGAAGAUUACGGUAGCGAUGAAAAACAUUCGCAGGUGGCCGAGAAGGCGGGCGAGAAGAAGGGCCACGUGGACCAGGCACAGCACUUUGGUGAGGCAUACCACGGCAACCACGGCGAGAAAGGAAUCACGGUGGUGAAAAAGGGUGGCCACAAGAAGGGCAAGAAGACGUCCGGGUUCCACAAGGUGCACCACAAGGACGAGUACAAGAAGGACGAGGUGUUCUAUGACGAGUCGCACGAUGGUGGCGAGCAUGAGGAACACAAGCAUGAACAGGAGAAGCACGCCAAGGAGAAGGGUGGACACGAGAAGAAGGGUCACUCUGACACUGGCUAUCACGAAAGCCAUGGUUCGAAGAAGGCGGAGAGCGAUCAUGGCAAGAAGUACGAACAGGCCAAGGGCCACAAGUCUGAGGCCGGUGAGCAGGCUCACCAUGGCCAUCAGUCUGAAUUCGCCAAGAAGGGUGGCGUCAAGGAGGGUGAGAAGUACGGGCACGCGGACGCUGGUGGUGGUGGUUACUUCGAAAAGGACGGAUACUUUUGACCGGUGUAAGUUCCACGAAGACUUCUUUUUAUAAGUUCAAUGACGUGCUGCGGUGUGACAUAUGGACAGUUAUAGGCGUUAUAAUUUAAGUUGUCGUCCAUUGCAAGCUUACACUAACAAAGUAUGUCUAGUUCUCAAGUGUAUUUAAUUUAAUUUUUUUUUUUUAUUAUUAUUAUGUAGAGGUACUUGUUUUAUCUGCAAUUGUUGUGUUUGCUAUAAUUUGUAAGGUUUUUCAUGAUAUUUUUCAUUUUUAAGUGUUAUGAGUUAUGACGUGUGUCAUAGUAAAAAUAUUGU